UAAAACGAACCUAAACCUGUCAUAAAUCUGGCCGCGUAUUCAUAACCAUUUCAUGUAAAAGCUCUCUGUGAGGGACCUUUUAGAUGAGGACCACCGCUGCGAACACCUGACCGCGCCAAACCACCCUGGACGUCUUCGCUGAUCUCAACCGUUUAAUUACGCAGAACGGAUUGAAAAAUCGGUGGAGUUCCUCUUUAACCUGUGACUGCUGCUUCUGAUGGUCUGCCACAGAAUCAUGCAGACAAACGGGGUUUCUUCGAGAAUCAUGCAGUUUAUCGCCCCAGAGGAGCGCCGUCGAGCUGGAAUCCAGACUCCUUUCCAGCGUCUUGCUCAGCAAAUGCAGGACAUUUUAGGAAAUGGGGGGAUUCUCAAAGAGGUCAUACGUGCAGGGGACGGCUCACCUGUGCCAAUGGAUGCUUCAGUCUCCGUUCAUUAUUCAGGAUUCUUGGAAUACUCUGAUCGGCCGUUUGACUCAACUACUCACCUUAAGUUUCCUAGAAUGGUGAAGCUAGGUAAAGAUGUGACUUUGUGUGGUCUUGAGCUGGGCCUGCUGAGCAUGAGGAAAGGGGAGUUCUCUCGUUUUCUCUUCCAGCCCGAUUAUGCCUUCGGGGAGAUGGGUUGCCCCCCACUCAUCCCACCAGCGGCCACUGUGCUGUAUGAGGUACAGGUCCUCGAAUUCCUUGACACAGCCCAGGUCGACGAAUUUUUUGCGAUGAGUCCGGGAGAGCAAAACUCAGUUCCUCUGUCCACGUUGCUGAAUGUGGUUGACACAGAGAGAACCUUUGGGAACCGCUGCUUCAACCAGGCCCGCUACGAAGAUGCAAAAGACCGGUACAAGCAGGCCAUGACACUCUUGCAGAACCGAGAGCCGAUGGGCAAAGAGGAGAAGGGGCGCGUCAAUGAGGCGAAGUUACCCUUCUUACUCAACCUUUCUCUCACUUACCUGCGCCUGGAGAGGCCUCAAAAAGCCCUGCAGUACGGCGAGAGAGCGCUGAAGAUCAGCCCAGACAACACCAAAGCCCUCUUCCGCUGUGGCCAGGCCUCUUUGGAAAUGUUUGACUAUGAGAAGGCACAAGACUACCUCACAAUGGCUCAGGCCAAGAAGCCAUUUGAUGCUGAUAUUAACAAGUUGCUAAGAAAGCUGGCAGUUUGUUACAAGGACUGCCUGGACAAAGAAAAAGAUAUGUGCUCCAAGAUGUUUCCUGGUGUUAAGCCAGAGAACUGAAGAACUCCUGCAUGUCCAUUUAUUUCAGACUUGAGGCUUGAACACUGAAUGCAGUGGAGCAGGUGGCCAGCUCACAAGGUCUGCAUGAUUGCAUAAUAUAAGACGAAAUGAACAUCACAGCUCUUGCGAUUUCAAAGUCUUUGAAAUUGCGAUUUUGUUAUAAAGCCAGAGAAUCGUUCAGCCCUAAUAUUUACAGGUUCCAAGUGUUGUCUUUACUCCUCUGUUUGUAAUUGACGCUUUAUUUUCAGCUUGGCCAAACAAGCAACAGGACUUGAAUGGAGAGUGCCUUCCAAAGAACACACAAACUGGAAGAGUCCACCUGAAAAUGUCUUUAUACAAAUAUGUAGCGUCAAGCAACCUAUAAGGGAACUAUAUAUAACUGCAGGUGUGUUUUCUUUUUCCUAGUUUAUACUUUGGUUUAAUUCAUACCGACCUCAUUGUUUAUAUUUGAAACUUCAUUAGGUAUAGAAGUGAUUGUAUCCUUGUGUUCUUGUAUUAACUUUUUGGAGUUUUGUGAAAAGUCAGAUUAACUCGUAUGUGAGUUAUCAUACUGUUAUAUUAGUUUGAGUUAUGAGAAUGACCACAACCAUUUUGUGUCAGCUAUCAAUACAUGUUGUACUCUGGCUAAGUUUGUAAAA